ACGACACAUUGCUCGACAUGAGGCCUGAAAGGCCUUCUGCAGCUGAGCUUGGUAAUCCUUAAUGACUGCUUGUGUACAAAGGGCGCAAUGUCCUCUUGAUGUUCACGCUUGCCAAUCGGGUCUCUAUUCCGUGCAAGACGUAUGGACGCUUGGUGCACCAUCUAGAGCUCGGACCCGUGCGUGAUGGCUUAGCGCUGUGCUGCUCAGAUACAAUCGGCACAACCUGUAACAGCGGAGGUCGAGCCUUGUCAAUCUGUGAUGGUCAGGCCUUGCUCCUUGUUACAAGUAUCAAGAAGACUCUGGCCGCUACCUUUAUGGUUUUCAAUCGCACCAUGUCGCUCGGCUCUGGUGCAGGACUUUCGCAAAGAUUCGUUGACGAAAAUAUCUCCUCUCUACUCGUUGGAUGGUGUAUUGCCUUGAUUACACUUGUCGUUUUUCGAAUCUGCGUCAAAGGCCGACUCAGCCACUUUGUCUACCUCUGCAUCGCCCUGCUCGUGGUGUCGGCAGCUUUGGCACUCGUUAGUUGGAUCUACCAGAUGGGCCAGUUGUUUGCAGGGUACAGCGUCACUGUCGCCUUUGUUGUGCUAUGGAGCCUGCAAGCACAAAUCUACUUCCAGAUUGUACCCUUUCGCAUCUGUGUGCUUGGCCUUGCGAAUCCAUGGGUCCUGCGUAUCUCGAUUGCAGUCUUGAUUGGGAGCAUCAAUAUCACCAUGCUUGCCCUAUGGCCCGCUGCCAAGUGGCGACGACCGAACGAUCCGGUUGCCUUUUGGUUGCCUCGUGCGGAAAAGAUUGGCUACCUUCUGCUCGACGUUGCACUCAAUGUCUUAUUCCUGGUGACUGUCAAGUCGAAACUGGUAGAUGUUGGUUUGAGCAAGUAUGGCAAGCUCAUCACGUACAACAUCAAGAUUAUUGGUCUGUCUAUUCUCUGCGAUCUGCUGCUGCUGGCCAGCAUGUGGUAUCCGAAGAAUAGCUUUCUCUUCAUUCUUGUACACCCAGUCGUUUUUCUCAACAAAUUGAUCCUCGAACGGGCGAUCACUCACAAGAUGGCCAUGGUUUCACAGGAGGAUAUUGGCUGGACGGCACGCAUUAGCUUGUCGACUGUGCUGAAGCGGGCGAGCAAGCACCUCUCUCGUCACAGCACAGCACUGGACAGCGAUGCAGAGACGAUUGAUAUCGAGACUGUCACGGUUUGUGCGGAGAAGGGCAGACGCGGAGCUUUUUCACUGCCUUCUCCAGCGUUCCUUGAGCUCGAUAAGGAUCUGCCUACACGCCCACUGGAUCUCUCGAAACACUGAUGAUCUGUCAAUCUUCCCAUUCAUGUCCAUAUUCUUCAUAUUUUCAUCCUCAACCAUUGAAGCGGC